ACUUUUAUUAUGUGUGGUGUGCAGGCAGGCGGAAGUACAGUGCAGUGUUGUGUCGGUAACGAUGGCGGAUAGUAACGCGCUGUAUGAGUCGGUGUUGUGUGUGAAGCCUGAGGUUCAUGUUUACCGGAUUCCGCCAAGAGCCUCGAACCGCGGAUACCGGGCAGCUGACUGGAAGCUGGAUGAACCGGCGUGGAGUGGACGCAUGAAGAUUACAGCAAAAGGAAACAUUGCCUUUAUUAAACUCGAGGACAAAAACACAGGCGAGUUGUUUGCUCAGGCAGCUGUGGAUCAGUAUCCAGGCAUCGCUGUUGAAUCUGUCACUGACUCCAGCCGAUACUUUGUUAUCCGAAUCGAAGAUGGAAAUGGACGUCACGCGUUUAUUGGUGUCGGUUUCGCUGAUCGUGGCGAUUCGUUCGAUUUCAAUGUUGCACUACAAGACCAUUUCAAGUGGGUGAAACAGGAAUGUGAACUUGCCAAACAGGAAGCAAAUCCGGUUGUAGGCCCAAAACUGGACUUGGGCUUCAAAGAGGGUCAGACCAUCAAAAUUAACAUUGGGAAUAUUAAGAAGAAAGACUCCGGUGGUGCAGGGAAGUCUCGGGGGGUGGGCGGCGGUCUGCUUCCUCCUCCUCCUGGUGUAAAGGGCGGCUCUUUCAUCCCUCCACCUGCAUUUUCCCAGACGACACCUGUCACUCAGCACACCACGCCUGUCACUCAGCCGAGCACAGGAUUGCUGUUGGAUUAUGGAGUCUCUGCCCCUGUCAGUGCUCCACCCUCUCAGGACAUGUGGGGGGAUUUCACUGCUGCAGGCUCUGGAUCAACUCAGGACUCGGGCCGAUCAGAAUGGGUGCAGUUCUGACCAUCUGAUUGUGUUUGUAAAGGGAAGGGGAGGAGCCUGGAUCAUGAGUGACAUCAGUGAUCUGUGAAGACGCUGUUUCUUACGUUGAUGUUUUCUAUGCAAUCGUGUGGCUGCGGUCGCAUGAUGGAGUCUCUACAGCUGAUAUCUGCUGCAUUCCAGCGUGUGUUUAAAACAUUUAUCUCAUUAGUUAUAUACACACCGACACUAUUUUCUGCCUGUUGGGCUUCAGUUAUUGUUUUUUUUUUUUUUUGCUGUUUAUGUCAUUAUUAAUAAUAAUCAUCUCAGUCAGGUUGUCUCACGUGAUCAGUAUCAUGUUUAAUGUCUUGUUUACCUUUUUUUUUCUUUAGCCUGAUGAUGUUUGAUGACAUUUUCUUUGCUUUAGUGUCUCAGAAGAAUCAUUUAUUUAAAUACAAGAGAGAUUAUUUCAGUUCUGACUUGUAUUUACUCUAUGUCAAAAUCAGGAUUUCAAGAGCUCAUUUUAUAUUUGUUUAUAAACAGAUGAAUUUUCACCCUACACAAAUGUACAUUUAUAUAGAGAACUAACACCAGACUUUUAUUAGGUGGCUUUUCCAGGUGAUUUUAAUCUUCAGAUCCUUCAAGUGCCUUCAUGAAACACCUGUAGAAUGUAUCAUUUUAUAUCAGAAUAAACUUUUUCCUAAUAGA